AUGCCCGGGAUUAACAACCCAACGCUUGUGAUCAAAUCGUACGACAACUACGAGACGGACGUCCUGCCCGCGCUUCUCGACGACGACGGCCAGCUCCUGAAGAAGGUCGAAGCAAAGGAAAAAUUCACCGUGGACAUGAGCGCGCAGAAGUGCACGGAGGCGCUCAAGGAUGCCGCCGCGGUGCUGGAGAUUGCCAUCGCUGCGUCGCACGGCUUUCCCUGCAACGCCAAAAUCAUCAAUCUUCUCGGCCGCUACCAGACGCUCGUCGUCGAUGCGGAUAUCGCCACCGCCGCGUUCCUCACCGCGUGCAUGCAGGCACUCAAGUACUUCAAGACGGCCUUCGCCUGCCUCGAGAAGAGCAAAAUCGACUUGGUCGAGAAGAUGCUCCUCGCAACGAGCAAGAUCGCGGGCGAGAUGACAGCCAUUGCGACAAAGAUCGCAAUUGCGUCCGGAAAGGCCGCCGAAGAGGCCCUGACGAUCCUCAACACGACGGACGUCGCCAAAAGCGCUGCCCAAGUCAGCAAGAGCGAGACUGAUGCCGCCGUGAAGGCGUCAAAAGAAACGACGUCCAUCCUCGAAAAAGAUCUCGAGGAGAAGACGCGUCGUGUCUCGGACGCCCAGGCCGCAGAGAAAACAGCAAUGAGCCAACGCAACAUGCAAGGAGGGGUGAACACCACCGACUACAGCGUCCUCUGGGGCUUGUGGAAGUCGAGAACGCCAAGCGCGCCGCAUGCGUCGAAGCGCUCAAGAAGCAGCAAGAGACCAACCAAGAGAUCACGGAAAUCGCGCUCGAGCUUGCAAACUUGCACAUAA